AUGGCUGCUCCUUCUCUUCCUCAGAAUUUCAACACUCUCUCCAUUGAUCGGCUCGAGCUCGCUCCCGAUCAGAGCGCUAUCAACUGGUACUCCUACACAGGGAGCAUGCGCCGCCUCCUCGGCGUCAUCCACAUCCCCAACACCUCCUCCACCCUCCUCGACCUUGUCCUCCGCCAUGCUGCCGCUCUCCCGCCAACGCCCCCUAUGUCCCCUGGAUCGGCCCCCACUCUCCCGCCUGACCCUGGACCUGAACCUGACGAACCAGAUCUGCCCGCUGCCUCCACGGAUCCUGUUCGCCAAGCCGCUGAUGAAGCAGCCUACGAUCUCGAGCGGCGUCGGUUCCUCACGCUCCGAGCGGACCAUCGUGCGGCUCGCGAGCAAUACGACAUGCGCCAAGCUGCCAUAAUAAAUCACCGCACCAUGGCUGACCGCUACACUCUCGCGCUCGCUGAAUAUACCGCUAAAGCUGCUGCUUGGAAGGAAUCUGACCUUUCUGCCUCUAAUAUUAUCCUUGGUGGUCUCCCCCCCGCUCUAAUGCGAGACUUUCAGGAACAAGAGCUUCACGCACCUGCCCUUUGGGCCUCCCUUCACGCCAUGUUUGAGCGCCAUGACGUCAACUCCGUGGGGCUGCUCCUUGACGAAUACUGGGAGACAACGCUCGCAACCUGCACUGGUGCCGUCGCCUACACCGGCCGCAUGACCUCUCUCGCCAAGCGACUUAAGGCUCGCCAGUCCGAACUCCCCCAGUUCAUCCAGAUAGAUCGCCUUCUCCGCGGUCUCAACCCGUCCUACGACAUGCACGUCAUUGCCUUCAGCGAAAAUCAGCCGUUUGCGGAUGUUGCUGCUGUUGUUCAAUGGAUCAUUGACACCGAAACCCGCCUCCUUCGUACCAACCCGCCUUCUCUCAACACGGCUCAAGCACCCGCGCCAGAACUCAACGCCACCCAGACACGCGGUGGUGGGCGUGGUGGUGGUCGCGGUGGCGGACGUGGAGGUGGGCGUGGUGGCGGCCGUGGUGGUGGACGUGGUGGCACCUUUGGUGGACGCACUCCUUCUUGCACGGGCGGCCCUGGAGGAAGUGGACGUGGUGUCACAGCAGUUGCAGCAGCCCCCGCAGCUGCCCUCACAGCCGCAGCCGCACCAGCAGCCACAGCAGCCGCCCUGGGGAGGGGGGGGAGGCGCAGCCGCCACAGCAGCGGCAGCAGCAGCAGCAGCAGCAGCAACUGCCGCCUGGCAGCAGCAACCUCUUGGCUUCGGUUCUGCCGCCACCGCCGCCCAUACCUCCCCAGCUGA